AUGUGUCGUAAUGUUUUAAGGAAAUCUUCUUCGUCUUACUUGUCAUUGUCUGAGCUUCUCAAUCCAAACUCUUCUAUCUUUUAUGAAAAAAUCAUAAUGAAGUUCAUGACUAUGACAACUUCAGAUGCAAGCAAUCUUGAGGAACCAUCAAGAAUGCGAAUUUCAAUGUCUCGAGAAUGA